AUGAAAGGCCUGGUGUACUUCGCGGUGAUCGCCUCCGUGCAGGCUUCGCACUUUGCCCACCUGUCCCUUCAUCACCGGGCUACCGGUAGUCAAAGCUGUAAACCCUAUACAGUGCAAGAAGGAGAUACUUGUGCGACUAUCGGCAGAUUGAGUGGGGUGACAUGGGCACAGUUGCUCUCAUGGAACUCGGAUAUUAAUGGCGAUUGCUCGAACCUGGCUGAUCUCUCUGGCAAGGAGAUCUGCGUCAGCAAUCCCUCCGGAGACUAUGCAAUUCCUGCAAUCGGUUCUUCAGUCUCGAGCGGUGCAACUGGUUCUCAAAGUAUUGUCACCACCACAGCUCCCGUGCCAUCGCCAAUAGUCUCCGGAACAAACACGAAGUGCGCGAAAUACCAUAAAAUUGGGAAAGACGAAACCUGUGACACAGUGACGGAGAAAGCUGGAAUUUCUAGAUCUGACUUCAUGUUUCUGAACUCUGAGCUAACUAGGGACUGCACAAAUCUUCAAAAAAACGUAUACUACUGCGUGCAGGCUGUUGGUGACAUUACAGCGUACUCUGGCCAUGCUGGAAGUACCUCAAAUCGAUUCAGCAAAGUCUCCAUGACCUCCAUUCCGUCAUCCGCUAACAGACCUGAUUAUGCCGGUGCUUUGAAAAACAAUUCCAGCCCUGUCAUCCCCCUUGCCCAAGACACCAGGAGGGACUGCUACAAUUAUAUGUGGUUGAGAAACACCACCGAUAACGCGCUCGCAGAUUGCUGGUUGAUGGCUAUGACAAACGAGGUCUCCCCAGAGAACUUCAUUUUGUGGAAUCCCUCGCUAGAGAGAACUGCUGCUGUAUACGGCUAUCCUUGCACACUUCGAAGCAGCCUGUCCUACUGUGUGCAGCUCUCGAAGCCUACCAGUACUAAGGCAACCAGGUCGCAAAUCCCCUCAUCUGUUGCUGCAUCGUCCACUCAAAACCCGGCAAAGUCUACAACCCUUGUUUAA